AUGGAUGCUUUCCAGUAUGUGGAUAGCGGAUUUGGUUACCAUCAUUCGACUAAUGAAUACAAGGUAGUCAGAAUUUUGAGAAGAUGCACAGCUGCCAAACGACGGGUCCAAGUAUAUACUCUUGGUAGUAGUACAAGUGAUGAGGGAUGGAGAGACAAAGAUAAUAAUAAUAUUGGCAGCUAUCGAUUUACAUCAAAGGGUAUCUCUGUAAAUGGAGAAAUUUAUUGGUUAUGUGAUGAUAAUAGGACAAUUGUGGCCUUCAAUGUAGCUGACGAAACUUUUCGUGAAUUUAUCAGUUUUCCGACGGAUUGUGGUGGUAUCGAUAGAAGAAGAUAUCUUUUUAAGUUGGAAGGAUGCUUGUGUGUUGUGGAACGAUAUAUGCAUCUUAAGAAAAAUGACGUAUGGUUUAUUAAGAAAAAAAGUGAUACUUGGAGUUGGAACAAGGAGUUCAGUGUUCCUAUUAAUGUGCUCACUUAUCCAUUCAAAGAGUGGUGGAGUUUUAUUCUGGCAUGA